UUUGCGAUAAACAGCUGAUCGCAAACAACUGCGGACGUCGUGCUUACUGUACAUUUCGUAGCGUUUUACAACUUUCAAGACUGCGACCGAACUUGCUGUAUAAUUUGGUUGCUGUAUGUUAUUGCUGUAGCUGUAGUACUGUGGACUGCUCUCCUGAAAAACCACCUCAUACAAGUUAUUGGUUGACCUUUGGCCUGUUGGUGAGAAGAAGGUAAAGAGAAAACAUGAUGAAGUCUGUUCAUUUGCUGUCAUUACUGGCAUCUUUUGCCCUUUGUGUUGGAGGUCGAGCGGUGUCCUAUGAGACUGGAAAGACAUACCGCUACAACUAUGCCACCGAUGUAGAAAUCAGUGAUCCCAGCUCGGGAGAGGACUGGAGCAGCGAUGGAUCCAAAGUGGGCUUCAAGCUGUCAUCAGUUGUCGACUUGGCUGUCGUCUGGCAAAACCCCCAAGAUGCUUAUGAAAAGAUCUGGAAAUUGACAUUUGCAGACUCAAAACUGCAGACUCCUGGAGGGAGAACGGACGAGACGGACACGUUCAAAGCGGCACCUAACGUUCAAAUUAUUGGCGGGCAGCCUCUGUACGUCGUCACCAAGGCAGGGAAGGUAGGGUCCGUCUACGGCUCCACCAGUGACACGCCCUCCUCCCUCAACAUGAAGAAGGGUGUGGCUAGCCUGUUCCAGUUCCAGUCCAACGAGGGCACUGUCACAGAGGUUGAUGCAUCUGGUGAGUGCCUGGUCAGGUACUCCUCAAACAAUGGUAAGAUCACCAAGUCAAAGGACAUAGCCAGCUGCACCAGCCCCAGCUCUGUCAACGACUUCCAGCACCCCAGACACAUCCUUGGUGUGAACGUCCAAUCAGAGUGCUCGACAGUAUAUACCCUGUCUGAUGAUGGCUCCGUUGUCCAAUCAGCAGAGGGAACAGAAAGCUAUGGGAUCAGUGUGAGCAUUAGGGAUACCAUAGCAUCAUCUGUAAAGUCGAGACAAUCCCUGGUACUGCAGGGUUCCAGCGACGGUGCCACGCCUCUCCAAGGUGCUACCGUAGAGGGCGCUAUUCAGAGUGCAGGCAGCUUCCUUGUGCAGUCCCUAGCCCAGGACAUGGUUGAUCAACAGUGCACAGAAAACUGUCAGGCGGCGGCAGAUGUGGUAGAGAAGUAUAGGAACUCCAUCAAAUCAGAAUUCUUGGCCAAGACAAAGUCUUCCUCAGCGUUCCUGCAGAUCCUUGAAGCUUUCCGCCAGGCUGGCAAAGAGACCAUUGUUGAUAUUGUCAAUAGUGGUGCCAAUGAAGAAAUCAGGGCUCAACUGCUAGACAUUGUAGCCGCUACUCAGACAAGCGCAUCUUGGGAAGCAGCCUUAGAACUCCUGGACUUCAGCAACGACGACCAAGCUGAAACUAUUGAGAAAUUCUUGGUCAAUGCAGCCUUUAACAGUCAUCCAACUGAAGCAAAGAUUCAGAAGAUUUUUGACUUGAUCCAGGGCAAGCAGGUGACCAACGAAAAUGUCCAGAAGACUCUGGCCUUAUCCUUGGGUUCUACGGUCAAGAUUUAUUGCUCAAUCAGUGAGGAGCAGUGUAGCUCACAGGUUGUGAAGGAUGUUUUGGAGCAUUUUACAAGUGGGCUUAUUUCUGACAACCGUGAUACGCGCCUGGUAGCCCUCUAUGCUCUCAAGAAUGUCGCCCGACCCUCGACGAUGCCAGCUAUCUUGGCCUUGGCUAAAGACGAUGAGGACAUGGAUCUGAUUGAAAUCGCUACUGACGCCAUGUCUCAGUUUGAUGAAGAAUGCUUUACCCCAGCGAUAAACAGAGGUCUGAACUCAAUCUACCACCAAAACGAUCGCCGUUAUGCCAACGUGGUAAGAGUAGCGGCCGCCACCCUGAUCCUUGGAAAGAACCCUUCUCUUCAAGAUGUCAUCAAUAUAGCUAUCUCUAUAACCUGUCAGGAUUCUCAUGAGUUCGCUAAGUUUGUAUUCGCUAAGAUGAUGCUACUGAGCAAAGAGGAUACUCAAGCAGCUGCUGUGAUAAAUGAGGCCCUCGCUGACACGAUGGUGUACAACUAUGCUACGGUUCGAUCUGGUGGAUUCUCGAAUGCGUACAGAAGUUUUUUGGCAGAAAUGGACACAACCACAGCACCCUUUGAACUAGACAUGCAGAUGACCGGAUCUGGCCUGCUCAGAAAGAGUACUUUUGAUGUUGGUAUUGAUGCUGCUAAUGAUUCACUGACCUUGAUGGAGGUCUUGAUCUUCUCCCGAGGUCUCGAGAGUUUCUUUGGAGAGGAUACCGGCGAUGAAGGAGAAGCGACGGCAGGUAUCGCCGUUCAGCUCCUUGGCGUUACACUUCGUCCAAUCGUCUUCUUCUCCGGGUCAGGUGACCUGAUGAGCAUGGCGUGGAGCUUAGGCUCCUCCUCCUCUGACGACUCAGGCUACUCUGCCGUCGCAGGUCUCAUCCUUCUCCAAGACCAUGCUCAGAGUAUCUCUCUACAAUCCGGGCUGGAGGUCGAAGCCAAUCUCCAGGGUGGUCUAUCAAUUGACGUUGGGGGCGCUCUUGACUUCAGCCUUUGGCAUAGAACAUCAACAACGACAGUCUACAACAGCGGUGCUCUGUCGAUACGAGGCUCGACACGUUUAGUUAGUCCGUUCUUGAACGCCGGUAUAAGCUAUGGAGCCGAUGCGUCGGGCCACAUCGACUUCAUCACAACCGUCAAGUUCUCUUCUCUACCUCCAUCUUUCUGCUUGCAGAUGAUGCAAGAACCUCUAUCAUACAAGCAAUUUGUCAAUAAAUUUGAGCAGCUGGAGAAAUCACCAAAGAAGUUUGAUGUCUCGUAUUCCCGUAAGACGAAGGUUCUCCCGUCAUCGUUCAAACUCUUCAACGAGAACUCACCGAUGUGUCAUGAAAUGUUCGGCAAAGAAGAGGAAGAAGCCUCAUCAAGUUGGUGGUAAAGACUAGGUCACUUUCUGUUCUGUCAAUUUUGAUAUGUUUGUACUAAAGAGGAUAAUAUUUUGAUGCAUGUCAAUCAAAUUUGGUGCCUUAAGAAGGUAGAACUGCCCAAGCGUUUCCAAUAUUUUCAGACAAAUGGAAGCAUAUCUUGAAAAUUACAAUGGGUUUCCUUAGGCAGGUAGAAAUGCCCAAAUGUUUCUAAUAUUUUCAGACAAAUAUAUCUUUGACAUCGCAAUGUGUUUUGCGUUAUGAUAAGUUUGAGUUUCAUGGGAUGAUGUUUGAUUCAAGGUGAACAAUAAGACAAAGCACUACAUUGUAUGAUGCACAACUUGUUUCAAAACAGCAUAUUAGUGAUACAAGGGUUAAUAUUUGUUUGCAAUUUACUCUAAAAUCUUUGAAAGAAACCAAAGGAACAUACUGCAUAUGAUGAGUUUAUUUGAUUGGAUUUUUUUUCUUCUUCAUUAUUCAUUUUUCUCUUUGCAAUGCCAAUUUAAAUCGUUUGUUUGCACUAUCAAGUAUUGUGAUAAUCAGUUAAUUGUUUAUCUGUGUUAAUUUGAGAGAUAUGAGAUGUUAUUUAUGCAUAAAAUAUGUAGAGUGUGAAAGGAAUGUACUUGAUUAUUACCUAUACAAGGCAUUUAAGCCGCUGAAUAAAAAGUCGUAUUUUGCACGCUGCUCCGAACAUGAAACCGGAGCGUGAAUGUUUGCCAUAUUGCCCUCUUCGAUUUUCCUCCGUAGACCACUGUACUAAACUAGAGGGCAAUAUUGAGCCACAUUCCACUCUUUCUUAUCAGUGCGCUUUACACGCAGUAUCGUGUAGGCGUUUAAGUGUACGCGCGGUAACAAUCAGAUGGACCGGCAAACAGACGGGAAUAAAAUAAUUUGUUAAAAAAUGCCUUGUUUAGGUAAUAAUAAAUAUAUGGACAGGGCUUCUUUCGGGGUACAUCAGAAAUAUUGACUCGGGGCAAUAUGAUCUUAGCGUGGUCAAUAUUUCUGAUAUACCCCUCAAACCCAUUCAUUUAUUAUCAUAUGAUAUUUGUUUUGUAAUAAUGCACAUAAUUGUAGGUAGAUAGAUAAUUGCAUAUUUACAUUUAGGUAGAAUAUUAAUUCUGAAAUGUCUUGACAACAUUUUCAAGAAAUUGGAAAGAGAACAUGUUUUCACAAAACUUUAAUUGGGGCUAUUUACAGUACGAGUACCAUACAUGAAAGUGAGAUGAUGUCAAAGUUGAUAAACAUGUAAGGCAAUGGAAAUUGCAUAAUCAGUAUUAUGAUUCUAAUAGCUGGUAAUUGGACAUUUAAGUUGUGUGUGGAUGAUUUGUAUGUGAUUUAACACUACAGUGUACUUAGAAGAGUGCCUUCGUGUAAAGGUUUCGGGAGGGAAAGUGUUAACGAUUUCAUGUACAUGUAUGUCAUCUGUUCUAAUGGCAAAAUGAUUCAGGGGCAUCUAAAAAGUUGGACAAGUCUAUGUGUGUGAAAAUUAUAGUCUCUCUUGUACAUUUUCAAACAGAUAUUUAGUAAC